CUAUAUGUUUGGACAUUAAGCUCAUUGGACCUAGCCUAACAUUUUGUUUUAAAAGCGUGGCUGAAAAGGUCAAUAUCGUUUCAUCAGCACUUUAAGGUUUUUGCAGGGGUUGUAACAGUCAUGUAAUUUUAUUCUGUGUUUAAUCUAACAAAAUUUCCUAAAUAUAUCUUAAAGUGUGCCUCAGUUCUGGCUAAGAUCUAAAUGUUUUCUAAUGUGCAAAUAUGUUUCCAUGUUUCCUGCAGAUGUUAAGGAGAAGCAGAUUAUUAAAGAAGCUUCUUUAGACCACAGACCUUUUGCCGACCUGCAUGACCCAGACCAAAUUAAAGGCAGAGAGCUUCCAGGAGAGAAUGAUGGAAAAGAAUCCAUCAAGACACAAGAUCAUGGAGGUGCUUCUAUUUCUUCAGAGGCUGAAGACACUGAGAAGGAUGAAGAAGACAGUGACGUAGAGCACCCUCUCUCUGAGCUGAAAAACUUGUCAGACUCUGGAUAUAAGAAAUGUUUUACAAAGAAGAAUAAAUGUAGGAAAGGCAACACAGGAGUUAAGCUUAGCUGCAAAGACUGUGGCAAAACAUUUAUGGGAAAAUCAGCUUUAAACAGACACAUGAGAAUCCACACAGGAGAGAAGCUUUUCUGUUGUAAUUUAUGUGGAAAAAGCUUUAGUCAAAAAACACAUUUAAACAGACACAUGAGAAUCCAUACAGGACAGAAGCCUUUCUGUUGCGAUCUAUGUGGACAGAGAUUUAGCCGAAAAUCUCAUUUAAACAGACACAUGAGAAUCCAUACAGGACAGAAGCCUUUCUGUUGUGAUCUGUGUGGACAGAGAUUUAGCGAAAAAGGAUCUUUAAACAAACACAUGAGAGUCCAUACAGGAGAGAAGCCUUUCUGUUGCGAUCUCUGUGGACAGAGAUUUAGCCGAAAAUCUCAUUUAAACAGACACAUGAGAAUCCAUACAGGAGAGAAGCCUUUCUGUUGUGAUCUGUGUGGACAGGGAUUUAGCGAAAAAGGAUCUUUAAACAAACACAUGAGAGUCCAUACAGGAGAGAAGCCUUUCUGUUGUGAUCUAUGUGGACAGAGAUUUAGCAUAAAAAGUUCUUUAAACACACACAUGAGAAUCCAUACAGGAGAGAAGCCUUUCUGUUGUGAUCAAUGUGGACAGAGAUUUAGCAUAAAAAGUUCUUUAAACACACACAUGAGAAUCCAUACAGGAGAGAAGCCUUUCUGUUGUGAUCUGUGUGGACAAAGAUUUAGCGAAAAAGUAACUUUAAACACACACAUGAGAAUCCAUACAGGACAGAAGCCUUUCUGUUGUGAUCAAUGUGGACAGAGAUUUAGCAUAAAAAGUUCUUUAGACAGACACAUGACAAUCCAUACAGGACAGAAGCCUUUCUGUUGUGAUCUGUGUGGACAGAGAUUUAGCCGAAAAUCUCAUUUAAACACACACAUGAGAAUCCAUACAGGAGAGAAGCCUUUCUGUUGUGAUCUAUGUGGACAGAGAUUUAGCAAAAAAAGUUCUUUAGACAGACACAUGACAAUCCAUACAGGACAGAAGCCUUUCUGUUGUGAUCUGUGUGGACAGAGAUUUAGCCGAAAAUCUCAUUUAAACACACACAUGAGAGUCCAUACAGGAGAGAAGCCUUUCUGUUGUGAUCUAUGUGGACUGAGAUUUAGCAUAAAAAGUUCUUUAGACAGACACAUGAGAAUCCAUACAGGACAGAAGCCUUUCUGUUGUGAUCUAUGUGGACAGAGCUUUAGCCAAAAAUCUAAUUUAAACACACACAUGAAAAUCCAUGCAGGACUGAAGCCUUUCUGUUGUGAUCAGUGUGGACAAAGAUUUAGCACCAAAUCUGAUUUAAACAGACACAUGAAAAACCAUACACUGCAAGACAAGGCAAGUUUGUUGUUUAGUACAUUUCAGUACAAGGACAAUGCAACUGAAACUAAGGGCAAAGAAUGAUUUUUAUAAACAAUUGGACUAAAAUGGAAUGCAUGGGGGACCAGGGACACGUCUAAAGGAA